AUGGAAGAGGCAAAAGAAGACCUGAUCGCUGCAAUUCUACAAGCGAAGAAAUGCUGCAUUUCCAUUCAGCAAAAAGCUUGGGAACACGAAAAGUUGGUGCUUCGCCCUCAGGAGGACAUCUUUGUUAGACGAUACCUCUACGGUGUUAUUCUCUCUAGAAGAAUCCGAUACUAUAAUGGGGUUUCAAACGAAAUUUCACAGAGGGGAGCGAUUUGCCGAAUGGGUGAGCAUCUCUACGGUUUUGAGGGCAUUCGAGAUCUGUCGUUCCAAGCCGCAGUCGACGUUGAUCGCUUCUUCGGUCGAGAACCUCACAUUGAUCUACUCUACCAGUCACCGUAUCCGUCACCGUAUCACUUCCUCUAUGAUUAUGUGGAAGGUUAUAGUCGAAAAUUCUUUAAGUCGUCGCUGAGCAGAUCAGCUCAUGAUCUGUCUGAAUGGCAACGACAUUUACAUCACUCACCAACGAUCAGUGGCGCCGUUUCCCACGGCGAGUUGGACUUGACUAGAGAAAUGAGCCAUAGAGAAAGCGUGAUGAAAAGCACCUUGCCCAGUGAUCCGUACCAGGAUGACGUAAAAUUUCUUCAAGGGCCAAAUCCUGAAUUUUCAGCAACUAUGGAAGGAACAUUCUCAUCUCGUCAAUCUUCUUAUCCAUCCGCUAUUAAUCAUGGUAGAUUUGACAGCAAUGGUUCCCAGGAUUGGAGCCACAACUACGAUCGAGUUGCUUUUCACCAACGAAGUUUCAACUAUCCCAGUAUCUCUUCCACCAAUACUUUUAGCCAAAACAUAUCGGCCUAUGAUAAGAUUCACGAAGAAUCAAGAACUUUUCCUAAUUACUCGGAAUACCAUAAUAUUCGUCGUCAAAACUCACUCUUGUUCAAAGGCAACCGCGAUCUGAUACGGGAAUUCGACGAUAGUCUACAUAAAGUCAAUUCGUCUCUGGUACAUGAGGAGAAUGUGCAGCAGACAGUUCAACGACCUUGGUUGGAAGAAAGUAUAGAAAGCACGACUUCUUCGAGAUACUCCACUAUUGAAAAUUUCCUUGAGCGCAACAGCAAAACUACGGAGACAAGAUCACCUAGCAACACAAACUCUCAUCUGGAGUACGAAGACCGAAAAAAAGAAGAUGGAUUGCGAAAGAUGGGAAUAGGUGCAACCGAGUAUAAACGAUCGUCCGCCGAAGAAAGAUUUGCAACAAUGAAUCGAGCAAUGGACGGUGAAUAUUUGGCGACUUCGAAGGUUGAUAACGUUUUGGAAAAGUCAGAAACUUUCCUCGAAGACAAGAUCGAGAACAGCAGCAGUGAGCUCUCUGAUAGCGAAACAAUUCGCGCUACAAACUCAUUCAACUCGGAAGCGACGCUUGUACCAGCCGAGAUCGACUCCAGCCACGAAGUUAUCUAUGACGAUGUUGCUGAGGAUCCUGAACAUGUCUACGAUCCUGUGGCCAACGAUGAAGUGAGGAACAUGCUUAUUACUCGCUAG